GAUGGAACAAGAUGCACCCCGUGGAAGAACGAGCCAUUUUGGAAAGCAUGGAGACAAGCCCACGCAUGACGAGUCCCCGCGGCCACCAGGACGAAGAAGAAGAUGAUAUGUACGCGGGCCGGCGUCCUUCGGCGAGCCCGGCUGCCUACAAGCGCUACGAGUCGGGCGCUAUCGACGACGACGAAGUUGCGCCGGGGCAUCCGGACGACGCCGACCCGAUCCAAGGCGAGCUUCAACAGAUGCCAGGCCACCGCCCGCGAAAGAAGACGGCAACCGACGAGGGACGUCCUAGCUGCGGCAUGAUUUGGCGUCGGCGGUGCAUCUUCCUCGUUCUCUUUGCCGGCUGUGCAGCAGUCGUCGCGUACUUUGUCAUCAAGCUUGUUGCUCAAAAGUCGAGCGACUUGAGCACGGGCAAUGGUGCGACAGUGCCCGCCGCACCGUCCGGAGCCAUUCAAGACGGCGUUGGCGCGUCGGUGGAUCCCGCCGUGGGAAGCAACCCGGUCAAGUACCCAGCGUCCAAGUGCAAGCAGCCCAACUACGUGAGCUCGAACGGCAAGAUCUACAUUGUGGGCACGGACGGCACGAACCGGCCCGUGAGCAUCAAGGGCAUCAACUGGUCGGGCAUGGAGACAGGCAAUGCGAUUCCAUACGGGCUCUGGGCUAACGGGCAGAAUGGCACCACUGUGUACGAGGUGGCGUCGUUCUUGGCGCGCAACAACUUUAACAGCGUGCGCCUGCCGCUCUCGAUCGAGAGCAUUUUGCAGAACCGGGUGCCCAACAAGGAGCUCAUCAACGUCUUCAGCAACAAGGCCAUUGACCCGUCGACGUAUCUCUCGCUGCUCUCGUCGCUCGUGAAAGCAUUUGCGUACCGCGGCAUUAGCGUGCUUUUGGAUUUGCAUGUGCUCACAAACUCGGACAUUGGCCCCAAGUGGACCAGCGACAAGAUCAGCCAAGCGUCGUACCUCUCGGCCGUCGACACGCUCACCAAGACGUUCUGCAACGACGCGCACUGGAACGUGAUCGGCAUCGACCUCAAGAACGAGCCGUCUCAAAUGACGUGGGGCGGCAAGACGUCGACCGAUUGGCGUGUCGCCGCGACUCUGAUUGGCAACCAAAUGCUCCAGGGAUGUCCCAACUGGCUCGCGUUCGUCGAAGGCGUCAACGACCUCCAUACAAUGACGCUGCCCACGGGUGUCUACACUUCGUACUAUGAUUGGUGGGGUGGGGGUCUUCAGAACGCCGGCGACUACCCGAUUUCGCUCUCGACCGACAACAAGAUUGUGUUCGCCCCGCACUACUACUCGCCGUCGGUCUACCCUCAAAUGUACUUGCUCAAGGACGGAACGCAAGUCGGCGACCUCAUUGGCUACUACACAGAACUCGACAAUGCGACGCUCAAGUCGGUCGUUCUCGCGACGGCCAACAACAUGUUUGGCUACCUCACGACGGGCCCCCAGAAAGCUACGAUUGUCCUCGGCGAGUUUGGCGGACUCUACACCCAAGACCGGCAUGCGAAUCACACGGUGCGCCGCGUGAUUGAGAGCUGCAUGGACAUGGUCAAGCAGCCCGGGUUCGCCGGUGGGUACGUCUGGUCGCUCAACCCCGAGUCCGCGUACAACUACAACCCGUCCGACCACAAGGGCGUGUGGCAAGAAGGGCUCGUGGCGCUUGACUGGGUCACGGUCAACAAGCCGUAUCUCAACGCGCUCAAGCAAAUGGACGCGAUGGCCGACUUGAUCAAGUUUCCUUGUAUUUCAUAGGCUACCUGUAAAAAUAUCGAAUGAAUUGCAUCCAAUCAC